CCAACUUCGUAAAAUGGAGCUAUUUUAACGUGACACAAUUGUCUCCUGUAUCGAAAUGUCCGCCUCUUCCACUGAAACAACAAAGGAGGCCAAAGAAAAACAAGAUGCGGUGUCGACAGAAGAAGACUCUGCUAAGCCGUCCUGUGAGUCAAAUUCACAAACAUUGUGUUCGAAGAGAAAGCGGGAGAAUGAAACAAAUGACAAAACGAGCGCAGAAGAUACAAAUAAAAGGAGGAAACUAUCUCCAGAACCAGAAUCAUCUAAGCUGAACAAUAUUCCUUCUGACUUAUCUAGUGGCAGUAGUAGAAGUAAUAAAGUACCAUCUGAAACAGAAGCACAUAAAGGAAAUACAGUAUUAGUUGCAAAGUAUUAUAACUCAUUAGAAAACAACGAUGUUGCAACCAGGAGUCAGAGUCGUAUCUUAUACAUGAGAAACUUUAACAAUUGGAUUAAGAGCAUGUUUAUACUGGAACAUUUUGAGAAAAUAAAGCAGAACAAAGUGCACGGGUCUUCGUUAAGGGUGUUAGACAUGUGUUGUGGAAAAGGAGGAGACUUAUUUAAAUGGAAGAAAGAACGUAUAAAACACGUGGUUUGUGCUGAUGUAGCUGAAUUAUCUGUUGAGCAAUGUCAACAACGUUACAAUGACAUGUUGAAUAAAAGCUAUCAUAACAGAGGAUUCAAUCCGAUUUUCACUGCUGAAUUUAUAGUGGCUGACUGUACAAAGGUUCGAUUACGAGGAAAGUAUAAGGAUCCUAGUAUACAGUUUGAUUUGGUCAAUUGUCAAUUUGCAUUCCACUAUAGCUUUGAGACCUUGGAACAAGCAGAAUGUAUGUUGAAAAACGCUAGCGAAUGUCUGAAGACAGGAGGCUACUUUAUUGGGACUAUUCCAGAUGCAUAUGAUCUAGUUUCUAGGUGGCAGAAAUGCGACGGUAAUAAAUUUGGAAAUGAAAUUUAUAAUGUCGAAUUUUUAUGCGAUAAAGAGAAGCCACCACUUUUCGGCGCUAAAUACAACUUUCAUUUAGAAGGUGUUGUCGAUUGUCCAGAGUUUCUUGUUCAUAUGCCUACGUUUCGCAAACUGGCUUCGAAAUUUGGUUUAGAACUAGUGAAAUUUGAAAGAUUCGAGGACUAUUAUGAACAUAUGAAAGGUGAAGGUAGAUCACUACUUGGUAAGAUGCAAGCUUUGGAAAUGUAUCCACCACGUCAUGAUGUGCCGCUUCUUGGCCAGUCUACGCAGGACUAUCAGCAUGCAGUACAAUAUAUGCAAAAUGUACCAGAUCAUCGCAAAAUCGGGACUUUAUCUCAGACAGAAUGGGAAGCUAUUUGUUAGUAUACAAAAAUUAUUUUGAUUCAUAUACAAGAACUUUUAUUAGUGUUUCUUCAA